AUGGGAGAUGAGUGCAGGCAUUGCGCUGCCUGGUUACUUCUACUUUCUCUUAUUACCAUCUCCCACCAGUACUCUCCAGUGGGUAUAGGCAGCUCCUUCAACCUCCUUAAUGUCUCGUCUGUGCCUACUACCCUUCAAUGGGUGCAGGCAGCUCCUCCUCAUUCCUUGAUCACUCUUCUGUGCCUGUUACCUCCACCAUUCAGUCAAAGACUAAUUAAAAAAAAAUUAUUGUUCCAAAUGCUAUCAUCUCAUAAACAAGGUUCUCUUCUUGGUGGCCAAACUCCCUCCUUUCUUCACUUCUUUUCCUCCCGUCCUCCUGGAAAUUACGCCUUUCUUUUACGGCCGCUAGAAGGUGAAAAUUUGCUUAAACACGUGGUAAAACGCCUUUUGAAAACGCACGUGUUUGCUCCUUCUUCUCUAACGGCUUUAGCUCCAAACUCCACUUAUGGACUUCUUUUCAAACUUUCUUUUCUGGGGCUUCUUCAAGAGGACUUCUCAAAACUUUCUCUGAAGGGGAAACUUGCCCUCAGCAACUUUGUUACCCAUGCAUCCUUCUACUUAUGGGCAAACGCUGCCUGCUUUUUCAAACGAAACUCUUCUUUCUAA